AUGGAUCCCCAGCUACUGCUCUUCCGGCGACAGUACUUCCAACUCUUCGAGCCAGACUUCCUCGCUUGGCCUCCGAAGCAGCUCUUGAAAGACCUAGGAGUCCAAGGAUGGCUGUACAACAAGCUCUUCAACGCCGACGAGGUGACAUAUCUGCCUCCUGAUAGAUACCGGUAUAGGGUACUCAAGCCCUUGGUAACUAAGAUUGAGCAGUCUAUUGAGGAUCCGGAGGAAGACGUAGGUUACGCCUUCAUUUCUGUACAUCCAUUUCGUAUUCCUUUUGCGAUACCACCUUCUCGUUACCACUUCUCUAAUUUCAUUCCUUCGCCGCAGACGAUCUCGGAUGAGCUAGUAACCCAUCUUUCUUCCCUCGUUGCUUCGGGCUUGCUACCGGAGAUUGCAGCGGUACAGCAGAAGUCCUAUGUUACGUUCUCGUGCCUCUCACCAGAGGUGAACUUGUCAGAUGUACCUGAGCAAGAGCCUACUAUCACAGUAUUGGAACGCCGCAACCUUAUAUCUGGCUCUACCACGACAGGCUACCGAACAUGGGAAGCUGCGCUACACCUUGGCUCAUACCUGCUCAGCAAUCCAGAAUUGAUACGCGACAAGAACGUUUUCGAGCCUGGAGCGGGCACUGGCUUUUUGUCGAUACUAUGUGCAAAGCAUCUCGAAGCCAAGCAUGUCACCACCACCGACGGAGAUGAAAGUGUGGUCGAAGCUUUGAAGGAGAAUCUCUUUCUCAACGGUCUUGAUGAGAGUGAUACGGUGAAGCCUAGUGUCCUACGGUGGGGCAGAGGAUUGCGAGGUACAUGGGUUGAGGAAGACUUUGAGGAAUGGCCGUGUGAUGUUGUUGUUGGCGCGGACGUUACCUACGACAAGACUAUGAUCUCAACCCUGGUCGCUACGCUUCGCUUUAUGUUUGAUCUCAGACCAUCACUCCAAGUCCUGCUAUCGACCGCCGUGCGGAAUGCUGAGACUUACGAAGGAUUACAGGCGGCAUGCGCCCAUAACAAAUUCAAUGUCAAGGAGAUUGACUUCCAGCAACAGCCGAUCCGGGAACAAACAGCACUUUUCUAUGCUACGGCCGUGCCAUUGAAGAUAUUGUCAAUCACCAAGCCUGACUGA